CAAAGCUCACAUAAUCCCCUUUUUCUACUUUCUAAUUGGCUUUUGUGGAUCUAUUUCUUAAGAAACAUGGGAGCCGGCCGUUCAAAUCCUAGCGAUCUAGAUGGUAAGAAAUCCGAAACGGUAAGUAUCAAACGAGCCCCAACCUCAAAACCUCCCUUUACAUUAGCAGAUAUUAAGAAAACCAUACCUCCUCACUGUUUUGAAAGAUCCUUGAUUCGAUCCUUUUCAUAUCUUGUCUAUGACCUCACCUUAGUCUGGAUCUUGUACUACCUCGCCACAACUUAUAUUCCACAGCUCCCUCACCCUCUUCCUUACCUUGCAUGGCCUGUUUACUGGUUCGUUCAAGGUUGUGUGUUUAUCGGAAUUUGGGUUAUUGGUCAUGAAUGUGGUCACCAUGCCUUCAGUGAUCAUGUAUGGGUAGACGAUUGUAUAGGGUUUGUUAUACACUCAUGCCUUCUAACCCCUUACUUUUCUUGGAAAAUAAGCCACCGCCGGCACCAUUCUAACACUGGUUCUCUUGACCGUGACGAAGUAUAUGUCCCGAAGACAAAAUCAAAACUCAGUUCUUCGGCGUUUUAUCUCGACAAUCCAAUAGGUCGAACGUUUACCCUUGCUGUCAAACUCAGUCUCGGAUGGUAUAUCUACUUGUCCAUCAAUGCUGCCGGAAGACCUUAUGAUAAAUUCGCAAGCCACUAUGAUCCAAGAAGCCCUAUUUUCUCUGAUAACGAGCGAGUCCUGAUCCUCAUCACUGACAUCGGACUUGUCAGCUUUUCUUUCUUGCUGUAUAAAGUGGCGACAUUUGCAGGGUUCGCUAACGUUUUUUGUGUCUACGGAGGUGCGUUGAUGGUCAUGAACGCGUUUCUUGUUACCAUCACAUACCUUCAACACACUCACCCUUCUUUGCCCCGCUACGACGACUCUGAAUGGAACUGGAUGAAUGGUGCUCUCUCAACAAUGGAUAGGGAUUACGGGGUUCUGAACAAGGUGUUCCAUAACGUUACAGACACACAUGUCGUACACCAUUUGUUUUCUUACAUUCCUCAUUAUCAUGCCAUGGAAGCCACCAAAGCGAUUAGACCAAUUGUGGGAGAGUUUUAUCAAAAAGAUAGCACUCCAUUUUUCUUGGCGUUAUGGAGAGAAUCCAAGAACUGUCUGUUUAUUGAGCCGGAUGAGGGUGAUGAGAAGAACAAAGGUAUCUACUGGUUCAGAAGUCAGUACUGAUCAAGAAAGCAUGCAAACAAGUGAAAAGGGAAUAAAUUGUUGCUAUCCUAUAUUCCUAUAUAUAUGUAAUUUGAAUGAUCUACUAUGUAUUUGUAUCUUUUGUUUGUCCCACUUUUAAGUAAUGGUGUAAUUCCUACAAACAUUACUAUAAUAAAGAAAAGCACGGGCAUGUUUAGCGAUGGACUAAACAAUAUAAUAUACCACCCCCGAAAUAUAUUUUUGGUUAA